AUGGCGUCUUUUCAUAACAUCUCGAGAUCAGGACCAUCAUCACAUCUCCAGAAGACCGCUGAGUCACAUCUCCACGCGCUCUCACCGCGGACGCUUUCUCCACGAGACUCCCGGUCUGACACGAUGCUGACCAUCACGAUGAAAACCCUGCAGCAGCAGACGUUUAAAGUGCACAUAGACGAGGAGCUGACGGUAAGAGCUCUUAAAGAGAAAAUAGAGGAAGAAAAGGGAAAAGAUUCUUUUCCAGCCGCUGGUCAAAAAUUAAUCUAUGCAGGUAAAAUAUUGAACGACGACAUACCUCUAAAAGAAUACAAAAUGGACGAGAAGAACUUUGUAGUGGUAAUGGUAACUAAGCCAAAAUCUCCAUCACCUCCUCAAGCUCCUCUUGCCAUUACCCCAGCGUCAGUAAGCAUCCCUCUCGCAGAACUUUCUGUCCUUUCACCAUCACCUCCCGACGCUCCACCCGCGGAGCCCGCAGUGCCUGUAUCGACCCCAGCUCCUGACCGUGCCGAACCAGCUCCUGAACAUGCAGAACCAAAACCAUCAGUGGAACCGCCCGCCCCACCCGUCAAAGCGCCCCCUGUGGCCUUAGAUGUCGGUGCAGAAUCCUCAGAACCGGUUGAAGUGACCCCAGAUCCAGUUCCCCUCUUAGAGGAGGGGACCCAGGCCAUUGCCCAAUCAGAGGCCAGUUCCUUGGAUGAACUGGGUCUGCUAGAAACAGCUGCUUCAAUACUAGUUACAGGUCAAGCAUAUGAGAAUUUAGUGACGGAGAUCAUGUCCAUGGGUUAUGAGAGAGAACAGGUGAUCGCCGCCUUACGAGCGAGUUACAACAAUCCGGACCGAGCGGUUGAAUAUUUGCUUAUGGGUAUACCCACACAAUCUGAGCCGCCACCCCAGGAAGUCGUGCGCCCCGCCCCCGUGUCUAACCCCGCCCCCUCAGCACCACAGCGACCUCAGCCGCCACCUGCUGCAGCCGGUGCCGUGUCGGGAUCUGCGCAGGCGUCGGAAAACCCGCUGGAGUUCCUGAGGAACCAGCCGCAGUUCCAGCAGAUGCGACAGAUCAUCCAGCAGAACCCCGCCCUCCUUCCCGCCCUGCUGCAACAGCUGGGUCGAGACAACCCGCAACUCCUGCAGCAAAUCACGCAGCACCAGGAGCGGUUCGUACUCAUGCUGAACGAGCCGCGCGUCGGGGAGGCGGACGCCGCGUUAGCUGCGGAAGCCGCGUUAGCUGCGGAAGCCCUCAGCCCACCGCAGACAAACUACAUCCAGGUCACGCCACAGGAGAAGGAAGCAAUCGAUAGGUUAAAAGCUCUUGGUUUCCCGGAGGGACUCGUCAUUCAAGCGUAUUUCGCCUGCGAGAAAAACGAAAACCUCGCCGCCAACUUCCUGCUCCAACAGACGUUCGACGACGAGUGAAGGCUGCAGCGGGACGCGCGGACACUUGGGGGCGACAGAGAGCGCGAGCGUUCGGCCGCAUGUUGCGUGUGCGCGCGUGAAUGUGUGUUACGAUUAGACAGCCGACUGGUCUUCCUUGAUGGUUCCUUAUGGAGUCGCGACAGGAGCCGUGCCGAUGUGACGUUAUAUCGGAGCACAGCUUUAUUUUUGUUUGGCGUCUGUUGUCUGUGUGGUUUUUGCUGCUAUGCUACGUCGCGUUUGAGCGUGUUUACGCAUCAGAGGUAGGCCCAAACGUGCUCAACGUCGUCAUUAUCGAUUUCCCGCCAUUAAACUCGUCAGACGUUUAUGAGGUCUUACACGUGUCAUGUAACAUACAGAUGUGAGUCAGGGUAUGAUUUGACUCGAAUAAAAAACAUCUUUAAGGAAUAGUUAAGUAUGUCAAACAUUCAUAAGGAGUUAAAAUAGUUUGUUUUGCUUUUUCCCACUUAGACAGCGAAGUUGUGGAGCAAAAACCAGUUCGAGUAUGCAAUGGUAACUGUAUGAUCUGUGAUUUUGAAUGGUGCCCAAAAUGCUGCAAUAACCGUUGCUGUUUUAUUAAGUGCGAGUGUAUUAUUUGUGUAUUUAACACCACAUGAUAUGCAUACAAGUGAAGCGAUUUGAGUAUAUUUUUGCAUAUUGGAGCAGUGGAGAGGAAUUGUGGAAUUGGAAAACUGCUUAAAAAGAGUCUCUGAAUAGGCUACAGGUAAGAUAUAUUUUACAUAAAAUAUAUUUCCCGGUUACAGGGAAGUUUUGCGUUGUUUUAAAGUUCACUUGACGUAGAAGAAGAGUUCGCGCGUUCUGCAGCAAUGGCGUCCAGUUUACACUGUGUGACGCACUUCUCAAUAUAUUUUCAUUUCAGCUGUUUAUAUUGUUUUCUCGCGUGCUGGGAUUUGAUGUGUGGAAAAGAAUAUGUCUUAAAAUGGCUGAAUUCAGCAUAUGUUUGCUGGCCGGAUUAUGAAUGUAUUGUUUCAGUGCUGUGUGAAAUAAAUCGCUUUAACAAAGAUGACAUAAAGUGUCUCGUGAGAAACUG